CGGCACCCGUUCAUUAUACGAUUGUUGGCAUCGAGUACCAGAAGCAAAUAACGAGAGCGCUCGGCAGAAACGAGAAGACGUGUGAAGAAAAAGAAGACCAGGAAAAAAAGAGGAAUAAAAAGGUGACUUUUUUUUUGCAAGUUGGAGAAAAAAUCGGCAGCAGCAGCCUGCAGGAGAGGACAAAUUAAAACGCGUGACGCAGCGACACCUUCCCCCGGGGACGAUUAUCCAGAUCCAAAAUUGGUGGCAAUCACGAGCGCAGCGCAGGUCGCGGAUCCCCCUCCCCGGCCGGCCAGUUUUGGUGCGUGUGGCCGCCUUCCGGCCAAAAACCAGAAGUUUCCUACAACUCGCAAAGCUCUCCGCCGCGGAUGAGUGCAAGCAGCAGCAGCAGCAAACUGUGAUCCUCUGAACAAAUCCCAGAAGCGUUCUGUCGAAUCGAGUAAAAAACAAGAAAAAAAAAUUACAGACUUUAGCCCCUUUUUCUCGACGGUUUUGUGUCGCAGAAGGAGUUUGGCGACGGUUCGACGGACGGUCCGCGCUGUGUGUGAGUCAGCUGUUUUUCUCUCGCGCGCAACACACAUACACACUCACGUUUCAAUUGUACAGAAAAAAAAGAAGAAGAAGACUUAUCAAGCGUAAUUACUCAAAGUGCAUGGUGUUGAAAAAAGAGAAGAGAAAAAAAAAAAGUUUUUUACAAGUGAUAGCAAAAGACACACAGUGAAACACACAAAGGCGAAAAGAAAAAAAGAAUUUGGUGGGAGGUGAAGAGAGCAAGACUUUUUUAAUUUAUUAUUUAUAUAUUAGCUGUAAAAUACCACAAGUAAAAAUCAAGUUGAAAGUGUGCGCGUCAUUGUGUGCGAGUGAGUUGCGAGCGCGCGGUGGAAUUGGAACGUCAAACAAAUGCUACCGAGAUAACACACACACAGAAGUCUCUACGAAGAAGCGUAAAACAAACUCUUAAAAGUAGUGUGAAUAAAUCAAAUUAAAUUGUAAGCUACAUUAAACCAUAAGGAGUAAUUUUAAACCGCAAAGCUGAAACACACGAGAGAGAGAGAGAGAGAGAGAGAGAGAGCGAAGGAAGAACCAACCAAGUUGUUUUUAUACUAUCAAGAAAAAGAAGAUUCAGUGAAUUUGUAGCCUAAGUGUAAAACAAAACAAAAAACGUAGAAGCAAAACUACCAGUAGAGGAUAAGCCAAGCUCUAAGACGCACUCUACUACAAUCACCAUGAUGACUGAAACGCUGAAUUCGAACAACCACCUCGGCCAGAAGGGCGAGAAAGUGGACGACAUGGGAUGGAAAGCCAAACUCAAACUACCGCCCAAAGAUACUAGAAUUAAGACUAGUGAUGUAACGGAUACUCGAGGCAACGAGUUUGAGGAGUUUUGCCUGAAGCGCGAGCUGCUGAUGGGCAUCUUCGAGAAGGGAUGGGAGAAGCCCUCGCCGAUCCAGGAGGCGGCCAUCCCGAUCGCACUAGUGGGUAAGGACAUUUUGGCGCGGGCCAAGAACGGUACCGGCAAGACGGGCGCGUACAGCAUCCCUGUACUAGAGCAGAUCGAUCCGACCAAGGAUUACAUCCAGGCGCUGAUCAUCGUGCCGACGCGCGAGCUGGCACUGCAAACGUCACAGAUUUGCAUCGAACUCGCGAAGCACAUGCAUAUCCGGGUGAUGGUGACCACCGGUGGUACCAACCUCAAGGAUGAUAUUAUGAGAAUAUAUCAGAAAGUUCAAGUGAUCAUCGCCACGCCCGGCCGUAUACUGGACCUGAUGGACAAGGAGGUGGCGAAUAUGGCCAACUGCCGUAUGUUAGUAUUAGACGAAGCGGACAAGCUGCUGUCGCAAGACUUCAAGGGCAUGCUGGAUCAUGUCAUUAUGAAAUUGCCAAAAGAGCGCCAGAUUUUGCUGUUCUCGGCGACAUUCCCACUGAGCGUGAAGAACUUCAUGGAGAAGCACCUGCGCGAGCCAUACGAGAUCAACCUGAUGGAGGAGCUCACCCUCAAGGGUGUCACCCAGUACUACGCGUUCGUGCAGGAGCGGCAGAAGGUGCACUGCCUCAACACGCUCUUCUCCAAGCUCCAGAUCAACCAGUCGAUCAUCUUCUGCAAUUCGACACAGCGUGUCGAACUGCUGGCGAAAAAGAUCACCGAGCUCGGCUACUGCUGCUACUACAUCCACGCCAAGAUGCAGCAGGCGCACCGGAACCGCGUGUUCCACGACUUCCGGUCCGGGCUGUGCCGGAACCUCGUCUGCUCCGAUCUCUUCACGCGCGGUAUCGACGUGCAGGCUGUGAACGUUGUGAUUAACUUUGAUUUCCCCAAGAUGGCGGAGACCUAUCUGCACAGAAUCGGCAGAUCCGGCCGUUUCGGACACCUCGGUAUCGCCAUCAACCUAAUCACCUACGAAGAUCGGUUCGAUCUUCACCGCAUCGAGAAGGAGCUCGGCACCGAGAUCAAGCCCAUCCCCAAGGUGAUCGAUCCGGCCCUGUACGUGCCCCGGCCGGAUGACCCGAACAGCACACAGGAGGAGCAAAACAUUAGCAAAUAAGUCUACCAACUCCCCUCGCCCCGAACUUCUCCAUACAAUUACAUAAACAACAACAGCAACAACAACACACAUCCCUAGAAUAAACAGCAGUGCGCGCGCAGAACGAGAGUGCCGCCCCACGGAUCCUCCGCAACAGCAGCAACAUCAAGAACAACAGGAACACGAACAAGAAACGUCCAGCCGCGGCUGCCCCGAAGAUUUUUUAACCCUCGACCAGAGGAGGAGCGCGCGUCGACGCGCGCGCCGAACAAACGCAGCAAGAGAGACACAGAGUCGUUUUCGGACCGGGGCAGAUCUGCGUGGGGUCACGGCGGUUCCGUGCGCGCGCUGUAAUACACACACACAGUUACACAAGGAUUUAAUUACUAGCGAGAGAGAGAGAGAGAGAAAUGGAGUCUUCAAAUUAUUACAGAGAAAUUUUGUUCAAGGAAACAAGGGUAAAAACCAACUUUUUAAAGAUCGUUCUAUGAGAAAGAGAGAAGCAGCCUCAGCGGCAGAUAUCGAUGAAUUUGAGCAAACCGGAAGAACCCUUGAACAUGCUGCGCGUGCGCGCGCGACGAGUGAGUGCGGAAAACCAGUGCGUGGAGAUCGAGUGCACGAGGAGAUUUAGGAAUGAACGUCGAUCGCGUGGAUGGGAAGCAGAACAAAAGAGGAAAUCAUCGCGUUGUGUGCGCGAGCAAGGACUAGAAUAACACAACAUCCACACACGUAAACUUUUUUAUCUGAUUAAGGAGAAGCAACAAGGUAGGAUCGCUGAGAGCCGCGCGUCGUCGGCAAGGGCGAACCCUAAAGAGACGGUUCUUGUAAAUAGACACACACACACUUUUUUCGUGGGAAAAAUUGAGGUGAAAACAAAGAGGUCCUUUGCAGAAUAAUAACAACACUAAGAAAAGGCAAACAGGUUCGUCCAAAGUGGCGCGCGUGCGCGAAGCGAAAAACUGCAGGACUUUAUUAGUUAUUUAGUGGAACAACAACCAAAACACACAAACACACACAUUCUGCAUUCAUCUGCACCGCCGCGGAAACUCGGAGCGAGUAGUAGUACUGGGAACACUGCAAAUAUAAACAGAGAGAGAGAGAUAGAUUUUUUCUACGCGGCCAGAAAGCGCGCAACGCCAGCAACAAUACGGUGGGAAUGAGGUUUUUUUUACAGCAAACGAAAUAAAGGAAACUUGAAAGUUUACACUCUAGGAGGAGAAAUGUUUUAGAACAAACAAAAA